AUGGCGGACCACGGCGGAGGUGUCCAUGGGGUCCCUGUUCCAGAAGACGGACGCGGCGGCGACAAGGUUGCAGCAGCUGGAGUCUGCUCCACCACCACCGCCUCCCCGCCCGGCUUCCCCUCCACCGCGCGGACCAGCGGCACCGCAGAACCCUACCCACGGGGUGGUCACCACCUUCGACCUCAACCAUGCUCCCCAAGCGUCGAUGUGCUCUUCUGCAUCGUCGUCGGAGCGGGCCUACGGGCACUGCGAGCAGGGCAGCGGGAUCCUCGGACCCUAGCCGUCCAGCUUCAUUUAGGGGAUGUUGCGCCUAGAAACCCCCCUUUACCCAAGAUUGAGUCUCCGAAACUUGAUGGUGAUAAUCCUCGUUUGUGGCGAGAUCGGAGUGAGAUGUACUUCGACGUCUAUGCUGUGAACGCGGCCAUGAAGACUCUGUUCGCUGCAUUGAAUUUUGUUGGGGCUGCCGCUCUCUGGCUUCAGACUGUUGAACGCAGAGGCAGGAUUUCAGAUUGGGAGAAGUUCUGUCAGUUGGUCUUUCAGAAGUUUGACAGGGAUCAGUACAAGAAUCAGUUGAGACAGUUAGAUUCUCUUCAGCAAACAGGAUCUGUAGCUGAAUAUAAACAGAAAUUUGAGCAGUUAUCUCAUGGGAUUCUUCUGUACAAUGAGUCGUAUGAUGAUACAUAUUUUGUGACAAGAUUUAUUGGAGGGCUCAAAGAGGAAAUUCGAGCACCUAUUUCUCUGCACAGGCCUACUGAAGUUGAUGCAGCCAGUGCCUUGGCCCUCUUACAGGAGCAAGAACUAGAGAAUGCUAAGAAGAAGAAUCUAGCAAAAGGGGAUGUUCAGUACAAGCCCUAG